AUGACAGAACUAGUCGCCCUCGAUGAGAUAUCUCACACAGCCCACCUUGCAAGCGGCCAGGAUGCAGCGCCAGCAAGAACAGCAGAACUAGAGCAGACAAGCGCUGAAGCUGAAGCAGAGAGAGAAACAGGAGAUGAAACCAUCUACCCCAGAGGAAUCAGAUUCGUUCUAAUUACCUUCUCCAUCAUCUUCACUGUGUUCCUCUCUGCCCUAGACUCUACCAUCAUAUCCACCGCAAUCCCGUCCAUAACCGACGAGUUCGGCCAUCUCAACGACGUAGUAUGGUAUUCCAGUGCAUAUUCGCUAACUAAUUUCGCAUUCCUGUCCUCAUGGGGAAAAGCGUAUAAAUAUUUCCCCCUCAAGCAGACUUUUAUUGUUGCCGGACUCAUCUUUGAGAUUGGCAAUGUUGUCUGCGCUACGGCUACGAGUAGUUCGGCUGUCAUCCUGGGCAGGGCGAUUAGUGGAACGGGCGGUGGCGGGAUUAUGAGUGGUGGCUUUACUAUCAUUGCUCUGACAGCACGGCCUAGGUAUAGAGCUGCGUAUAUGGGCAUUGUGGGCGCUACAUUUGGGUGUUCAGGGAUUGUCGGCCCACUGCUCGGAGGUAUUUUGACUGAUCAGGCUUCGUGGAGGUGGUGCUUCUGGAUCAGCCUGCCCAUCUGGGCAACCGGUGCAACCGGCAUUAUGUUCAGCCUGCAAAACUCGGCGACAAGUGCCUACACUACCUUAAGUCUACACAAAAAACUUCUACAAAUGGAUUUCAGCGGUAGUCUUCUCGCCUGUGCCUCCAUGACCUGCUUCAUCACAGCCAUGCACUGGGGAGGAGUAGUCAAGUCAUGGUCCAGCGGAGCCGUCGUCGGCUGCCUCGUGGCCUGCGCAGCAUUUGCAGGCCUAUUCAUCCUCAACGAGCGACUAAUGGGUGACCGCGCCAUGAUCCAAGGCCGAUUGCUCAAGAAUCGCGUCUUUGUCGCAAACCUCGUAUACGAAUUCUUCCUCGCGGGCCUCUACUUCCCGCUUCUGUACUCUCUGCCCAUCCAGUUCCAGUCUAUCGACAACGUAUCCGCAGCCCAAAGCGGCAUUCGGCUCAUCCCCCUGAUUCUGGGCAUAUCAAUUUUCACUAUGAUCUCAAACGGAAUCAUAUCCAUGUACCGCAAGCAUCUCCCACUCACCGUGCUAGGUGCAGCGGUAGGCACAAUCGGCGUCGGGCUUAUAUAUGGCAUCAAUGAGAACGCAUCAACCGGUAAAUGGAUCGGAUACGAAAUCAUUACUGCCGUGGGCAUAGGCCUGGUCUUACAGGUACCCAUGGUCGCGAACCAGGCCCUAGUCUCCAGCACUGAUGACAUCCCCGAGGCCACGGCGCUGACUUUGUUCUUUGAGAAUAUGGGAACGACUAUUUUUAAUGCUGCCACUGAAGCGGCGUUUACUAGUACUAUCGUCUCGUAUCUGGCUGAUAAUGCGCCGUCUGUCGACGCUUCGACUGUCAUUUCCUCGGGCGCUGCGACGCAGUUACGCGGGCUCUUUACGGGCGAGGAGUUGCAGGAUGUGCUGAGUUCGUAUAUGGAUGGUUGUAAGGUGAGCCAUGCCAUGUCAUUAGCGUGUGGAGGGCUUGCGACGGCCGUUUCGCUGGUUAUGGCUGUGCCAGUGGUGAAGGAGCAUUUGCGUCUUUGGAUGAAGAAGAAGUCGCAUGUUUUAUGA